AUGAUGAUGCAUGUUAAAAAAGCCCAGCAGACAGGAGCAUUUUACCGCUUUCAUAACCUGGCUCCUUUGGUUCAGAAAUCAGAACAUCGAUACCUGGCCCCCCAGCUGUACCUACUUCAAUUGGAAAGACUCCUGGGUAAGUUUGGGCAGGACAUGCAAACAACAGAAUAUUCCGUGCUAACUGGAUGCUCCGAACAGCAAGAAGCAUUGUUUGCUCUGGAUCUAGGUCUAAAUAGCUCCUCUUCCAUAAAUGCUUCCUUACAGAAACCUGAAAUGGAGACAGAGCUCAAGGGGUCUUUCACUGGGCUGAGGAAGGCUCUCUUUCAGCUGAAUGUGAAGGAUGCCUCCUUGCUAUCCACGGCUCAGGCUCUUCUCCAUUGGCAUGAUGCUCAUCAGUUCUGCAGCAGAAGUGGACAGCCCACCAAGAAGAAUGUGGCUGGCAGCAAGCGUGUGUGCCCUUCCAAUAAGAUCAUCUAUUAUCCACAGGUGAAAGUCUGGAAGAAGCUAUCUGGCGAGAAGCUGCAGGAGAGGUGGGAUUGGAGGUGGAAAGACUGCAAUACUCUGCAUCUCAGCACUGGCCCUUUCCUAAUGGUGCACUCAUGAUUGCUUGUCAUGCAACUGUGAAACCAGGGCAGACAGAGGUGAGUUCUGAUGCUUCCCUUAUGAUAUAUCCUUUGCCUCAUCCAAGCUGGUCCAUAGGUACUUACUAAGCACCUGUCUAGUCCAGCAUUGUUUAGAUUAUACAAAGACAUGUAAUAUAUGAUUUAUACCUUUAAGGAAUUUGCAAUCUUAUAAACAACUAAUCACCAUAAAAAUUGGGAGUGCCAACACAAUCACCAUUCUUCCUUGUAUAUAUCUCAAUCAUGAAACAAUUUAUCUUUCAUCAUCAGGAAAUUAACAGUCUUGCAUAGAAUAGGCACACAAUAAAUAUAUAAAAUUUAAUGACUGAUUUCAGAAUUGGUAUUAUUGCUCCAGUCAGGAUGUUGGGGACUAAUAAUAUAAAAUCAUAGGAACUUCUGAUUGAAAGGGACUUAGAUGUUGUCUUAUCCCACCUCACCUUGCUCUAACAUCCCUGACAGAUGGUGUUGUGGUCCCUAUGUGCCAAAGUCUAUUUUGUGCUUUGGUUUCUAUACAAUGAAUAAUAUCUAAUCUGUCUCAGCUCCCUGUGGAUGCAGUUUGCAUUUUUGCUUCUUGCAAGGCAGAUACUAUGCUU